UCCACCAGUCAUUUGGGCAAGCCACUGCAGGGAUGGCGGAGCUUGAGGGCUUGCAUUUUGGCAAGUCGGACUUCGUACUCCUGGAUGAGGUGACCAUGGAGCAGUUUCUGGAGAAUUUGAAGUUGAGGUUUGAGGAAGGCCGCAUCUACACCUUCAUCGGAGAGGUGGUAGUGUCCGUGAACCCAUACAGGCAGAUGGACAUCUAUGGCAAUGAUGUGAUUGAAGCAUACCGGGGCAGAGAGCUGUAUGAAAACCCACCGCAUCUCUAUGCUGUGGCCGACGCUGCCUACAAGGCCAUGAAGAGGCGGGCAAAAGACACCUGCAUUGUCAUAUCAGGUGAGAGUGGAGCUGGGAAGACGGAAGCAAGCAAGUACAUCAUGCAGUACAUAGCAGCCAUCACCAACCCCAGCCAGCGGCAGGAGGUGGAGAGUGUGAAGAGUGUGCUGCUGAAAUCCAACUGUGUACUGGAGGCCUUUGGGAAUGCCAAGACCAACCGCAAUGAUAACUCCAGCCGCUUUGGCAAAUAUAUGGACAUUAACUUCAACUUCAAUGGAGACCCCACUGGAGGACACAUAAACAACUACCUGUUGGAGAAGUCAAGAGUUGUCCAGCAGCAGGAGGGAGAGAGGAACUUCCACUCUUUUUACCAGUUGUUACGUGGAGGUUCUGAGGACCUUUUGAAGUCUCUCCAUCUGAACAAAGACCCUACAGACUACACAUACACCAGCCAGGGAGCUGUAGCAAUGACUGCAUCCACAGAUGAUCGCUCUCACCACAGAGCAGUCAUGAGUGCCCUAAAGGUCAUUGGCUUUAGUCAGGAAGAAAUCAACUCCAUCUAUAAGAUCCUGGCAACCAUUCUCCAUCUAGGGAAUCUCAAAUUCGAGAAUGAAGCAGAGAACGUCCAGCUGGUGGGUGGAGACCUGGUGAUGCACAUCUCUGAGCUGACGGGUACAGAGGUGGAGAGCAUGAGGAAGGCGCUGCUGUAUCGCACUGUGGCCACCGGCGGUGGCGAAGUCAUCGAGAAGGGCCACAGUGAGCAGGAGGCUAGCUAUGGGCGAGAAGCUUUAGCCAAGGCCUUGUAUGAACGAUUAUUUGGGUGGAUAGUUGGUCGAAUCAAUAGUGUGAUAGAGGUGAAGAAUUACAACCCAGCUCUGCAUGGCAAAAACACAGUCAUAGGAGUGCUGGACAUUUAUGGCUUUGAGAUUUUUGACAAUAACAGUUUUGAGCAGUUCUGUAUUAACUACUGCAAUGAGAAACUGCAGCAGCUGUUCAUUGAGCUUAUCCUGAGACAGGAGCAGGACGAGUAUCAGAGAGAGGGCAUCACCUGGCAACAUAUCGAAUACUUCAAUAAUCAGAUCAUUGUAGAUCUGGUGGAACAGCCCCAUAAGGGCAUUAUUUCUAUCCUGGACGACGCGUGUCUGACUGUGGGCAAAGUCACAGAUUCUGCCUGCCUGGACAGCAUGAACGAUAAACUUGGCCACCACCCUCACUUUACAUCACGCAAGCUGACCCCAACUGACAAGACCAUGGAGUUCAACCGACACUUUCGUAUCAGACACUACGCUGGCGAUGUCAUGUAUUCAGUUGAAGGUUUUCUUGACAAGAACAAGGACCCCCUUUUCCAGGACUUCAAACGUCUGAUGUUUAACAGUUCUGAUCCAAUACUUAAAGAAAUGUGGCCUGAUGGGAAACUGAGUAUUACGGAGGUGACCAAGCGACCUCUGACUGCUGCUACACUCUUCAAAAACUCCAUCAUCGCUCUCGUUGACAAACUCGCCUGUAAGGAGCCUUACUAUGUGCGGUGUGUGAAGCCCAACGAGGUUAAGUCCCCCAUGCUGUUUGAUGACGCACGAUGUCAGCACCAGGUGGCCUACCUGGGCCUUCUGGAGAAUGUCCAUGUUCGUCGGGCUGGCUUCGCCUACCGACAGCCCUAUGAUCGCUUCCUGCAGAGGUAUAAAAUGACGUGUGAGUACACCUGGCCCAACCACCUGAUGGGCAGUGACCGUGAGGCCGUGGAGGCCAUUGUGUUGCAGCACAACUUUGAGGGCGAUGUGGCGUAUGGACACACCAAGCUGUUUGUGAGAACACCACGCACCCUCUUCACCCUGGAGCAGGAGAGGACCGCCCUGAUCCCCAUCCUGGUGCUCUUCCUGCAGAAGGUGUGGCGUGGUGCAUUAGCACGAAUGCGCUGCAGACGGAUGCGAGCCAUCUACACCAUCAUGGGCUGCUAUAAGCGCUACAAGGUGAAAGCUCACUUCUGGGAGGUGGAACGGCGUUUUGCUAAUGUGCGCAACAUGACCGACUACGGGAAAAGCGUGGAGUGGCCUGCUCCGCCUGCUUCGCUCAUGCAGUUUCACAGAAUUACACAGCACCUCUACCGCAGGUGGAAAGCCAGACAGAUUAUAAAGAAUAUCCCUCCAUCUGACAUGGCAGAGGUGAGGGCGAAGGUAGCGGCUCUGGGCGCUCUGAGCGGAGAGAGGACAGACUGGGGCUUUGGCCGUUCUUGGGAGAGAGACUACUUGGCCAACGCCAGAGACUGUCCUUUGACCAGUUCCAACUUUGUGCGCACCACAAAGGACCUGAAGAACAAAGACCAGUACAAUCAAAUCCUUUUCUCUGGCUUUGUCAGGAUGUUGAACUGGUUCAAUAACACCAAAGACAGAGCUCUUCUCAUCACAGACAAACACAUCUACAGACUGGAGCCAAAGAAACACUUCAAGGUUCAGAAACGAAUACCCAUAGAAACUGUAAUUAGCCUGAGUGUCACAAGUGGGACAGACCAGAUGGUGGUGCUACACACUGUGUCUAAGGAUGAUGUGUUGGUGCACCUGCAGAGGGGCCAGUUGGGUCCGAACCAGGAUCGCAUUGGGGAGCUGGUGGGAACUCUGUGUGACCACUUCGUACGACAGAGAAGCACUUCCCUGCCAGUCAAGGUGUUAUCCACAGGCAUCCAGGUACACUUAAGCGGGAAGCCCAAGACCAUCACCGUGGAGACACGACCUGGCCAGGUCACGGCUGAUUUUAGGAAGAGUCGUGCAGGAUUCAUCCUGCUGCUUCCCCCUCAGUAGAGCACCACUGUCCCCCCCAGUGAGACCAUGGUGUACAUCCUCAAUCAUUUUAUAUCAGCAAUGGAAUAAUAUUUAUAUGGAAUGAUAUAGAUAUGUGCUGUGUGUGUAUAUGCAACAUAAGUGUGUGUGUACACAUGUACUCACAAGUCACCUUAGUAGGUUCAGUUACCUGUGUACCUGUGAAGUGUUUUAGUCUUUUGACCUUUUAAUGAGUCUAAGCAUUUUUUUUCUGGUUCAGAGUAUUAGAGGUUGUAAAUGAGAAGAAUUUUAUAAUUCUCAAGAGAAAUCCAAUCCUUUUUUUCCCAAACCUUUUUUAAACAAGAGUCACAGAGCAACAAGAAACUGUAAAUGCCCAUUUAUUAAUAUUAUUGUCCUAUUUUUUAACUUAUAUGUACAUUUUGCUUGUGGAGAUGUUACCAAGAGUUCCUAAGAGUAUGGAGGCUUUCUCUCCCCCAUCCACCUGUACUGUCUACAUAACACCAGGUACAUUAUUGCAGGUACAUUAUUGCAGGUACAUUAUUGCAGGUACAUUAUUGUAGGUACAUUAUUGCAGGUACAUUAUUGUAGGUACAUUAUUGCAGGUACAUUAUUGCAGGUACAUUAUUGCAGGUUCCCUGUGAUGUGAUCAGACUUGUGGCUGCUGCAGUGUAAGGCGAUGUGUGUGCGUACUGUGCACAGAUGUACAGUAGGACUAAGUGAUAAUCUUGGUUGAGAUGAAGCCGCUACUUUUGGACAUUUUAAAUGGUUCAACAAAGAUUAUUAAAUAACACACUGUUAAGUCACAUGCUCUCUUGAGGUUUUCAAUUAGACAUUUAUGAUAGAGAAAUAAAGAUAUGAGUCCACAGUUUCUGCAGGGGUGUGUAUGGAUGGUGGAGGUAAUAGUAAUAGUAUGUACCAUGACCAGUAUGUGUGUGUGUGUGUUUGUGUGUCAGUACUGACACAGACUAUCUUCAUCCUUGCCCGUGC